AUGCGCCUCUGCUCCAAGCUCGCCGCGCUGCUCCGGAGGUCCCGCCCGUUCGCCGCCGCCACCGCCGCCGCGUCCGUCUCCGCGACCGCGACCGCCACCGCCGCCGCGGCCGCCAACGGGAUGGAGGAGGCGGCCGCGGGCCCGCUGCGCACGCGCGUGUGCAUCAUCGGGAGCGGCCCCGCCGCGCACACGGCGGCCGUCUACGCGGCGCGCGCCGAGCUCAAGCCCGUGCUCUUCGAGGGCUGGCUCGCCAACGACAUCGCGGCGGGCGGGCAGCUCACCACCACCACCGACGUCGAGAACUUCCCCGGCUUCCCCGACGGCAUCCUCGGCAUCGACCUCAUGGACCGCUGCCGCGCGCAGUCCGUGCGCUUCGGGACCAAGAUCUUCUCCGAGACCGUCACCUCCGUCGACUUCUCCUCCCGCCCCUUCCGCGUCUCCUCCGACGACACCGUCGUCCACGCCGACUCCGUUGUCGUCGCCACCGGCGCCGUCGCCCGCCGCCUCCAUUUCGCCGGCUCCGACGCGUUCUGGAACCGCGGGAUCUCCGCCUGCGCCGUCUGCGACGGUGCCGCGCCCAUCUUCCGGAACAAGCCCAUCGCCGUCGUCGGUGGCGGGGACUCUGCCAUGGAGGAGGCCAACUUCCUCACCAAGUACGGCUCGCGCGUCUACAUCAUCCACCGCCGCGACGCCUUCCGCGCCUCCAAGAUCAUGCAGGUACGGGCUCUCUCCAACCCCAAAAUCCAGGUCGUGUGGGACUCCGAGGUCGUUGAGGCCUACGGCGGCUCGGACGGCGGCCCCUUGGGCGGUGUCAAGGUCAAAAACCUGGUGACCGGCGAGGUAUCCGACUUCCAGGUGGCCGGGCUUUUCUUUGCCAUUGGGCACGAGCCAGCGACCAAGUUUCUCGCCGGACAGCUCGAGCUCGACUCCGAGGGGUACGUGGCCACCAAGCCGGGCUCCACGCACACCAGUGUGAAGGGGGUCUUCGCUGCCGGGGACGUUCAGGACAAGAAGUACCGCCAGGCCAUUACUGCCGCAGGAUCAGGUUGUAUGGCUGCUUUGGACGCGGAGCACUACCUGCAGGAGGUUGGCGCACGGGAAGGGAAGACUGAUUGA